ACCCCCCACCCCGUCGCGAGCCCCUCCGCCCCGGGCCAUCCGGCCCUCUGAGGGCCCCGUCGGCUCUGAGGGUGUCUCCCUCCUCCUGUCGCGGCUGGCUGUAGCGGCUCCCAGGUUCCCGGGACACCGCGGACCAACUUCUGCUGUUUCUUCCUCUCCCUGAAGCGCUUAUCUGCGCGCAGCCUUAUCUCCGAAUUAUCUGGCGCAAAGGGGCGGGAGCCGGCAGUCAGGCGAGCAGAGAGACUUCUUUCUUGCUAUCUAGCCCGGGUCUGUGUGUGGGUAUUAAUUUUAGUAUGGUUAUCUCCGAGGAGCCGAAGCGAUUUGGAAAAGCAGCUCGGAGGAGGCCCGUCCGGCUGCAUUUCGCCUUCCUACCCCACUCCUUCCGAAUCUCCCCGUCUUUCUUCCUGCUCUCCCCUUUGGGGUGGCCUCGGCCCCAGGGCGGUCUCACGCCCCCCCCCCGCCCCCCGCAUUUCCCCCUCCUCCUUUUCUCUGCGCUCCGCUCCACCCCGCUACGUCCGACUCCGGAACGGUCCGGCCUUUCCGCGGCUGCAGAAGAUCUCGGGGUGGGCGGGGGUGGCCCAGCCGGCGUGAGCGCACGCGCUGGUGGCUGCAGCCACGAGCCUUGUCGAAGGAGCUAGAAGUUAGCUUGGAGAGGCGCCGGACCGUGGAUGGCCUUGACUGACGGCGGCUGGUGCCUGCCGAAGCGCUUCGGGGCCGCGGCUGCGGACGCCAGCGACUCCGGAGCCUUUCCAGCGCGGGAGCCCUCCACGCCGCCUUCCCCCAUCUCCUCCUCCUCCUCCUCCUGCUGCUCCCGGGGUGGGGAGCGUGGCCCCGGCGGCGCCAGCAACUGCAGGACGCCGCAGCUCGACACGGAGGCGGCGGCGGGACCCCCGGCCCGCUCGCUGCUGCUCACCCCGUACGCCUCGCAUCCCUUUGGGGCUCCCCACGGACCUUCGGCGCCCGGGGUCGCUGGCCCCGGGAGCGCCCUGUCGAGCUGGGAGGACCUACUGCUCUUCACUGACCUCGACCAGGCCGCGACCGCCAGCAAGCUGCUGUGGUCCAGCCGCGGCGCCAAGCUGAGCCCCUUCGCACCCGAGCAGCCCGAGGAGAUGUACCAGACCCUCGCCGCCCUCUCCAGCCAGGGGCCGGCCGCUUACGACGGCGCGCCCGGCGGUUUUGUGCACUCUGCAGCCGCCGCCGCCGCCGCCGCCGCCGCGGCCAGCUCCCCGGUUUACGUGCCCACCACCCGCGUGGGCUCCAUGCUGCCGGGCCUGCCGUACCUGCAGGGGGCGGGCAGCGGGCCCGCCAACCACGCGGGCGGUGCAGGCGCGCACCCCGGCUGGCCUCAAGCCUCGGCCGACAGCCCCCCGUACGGCAGUGGAGGCGGUGCGGCCGGCGGCGGGGCCGCGGGGCCCGGGAGCGCCGGCUCGGCCGCUGCGCACGUCUCCGCGCGCUUCCCCUACUCGCCCAGCCCACCCAUGGCCAACGGCGCGGCGCGGGACCCCGGGGGCUACGCCGCAGCUGGUGGCGGGGGAGCGGGCGGCGUGAGCGGCGGCGGAGGCGGCAGCCUGGCGGCCAUGGGCGGCCGCGAGCACCAGUACAGCUCGCUGUCGGCCGCGCGGCCGCUGAACGGGACGUACCACCAUCACCAUCACCACCACCCGAACCCCUACUCCCCCUACGUGGGUGCACCGCUGACUCCCGGCUGGCCCGCAGGACCCUUUGAGACCCCAGUGCUGCACAGCCUGCAGAGCCGCGCCGGAGCCCCGCUCCCGGUGCCACGGGGCCCCAGCGCAGACCUGCUGGAGGACCUGCCCGAGAGCCGUGAGUGCGUGAACUGCGGCUCCAUCCAGACGCCGCUCUGGCGGCGGGACGGCACCGGCCACUACUUGUGCAACGCCUGCGGCCUCUACAGCAAGAUGAACGGCCUCAGCCGGCCCCUCAUCAAGCCGCAGAAGCGCGUGCCUUCCUCCCGGCGGCUUGGAUUGUCCUGUGCCAACUGUCACACCACAACCACCACUUUGUGGCGCAGAAAUGCCGAGGGUGAACCUGUGUGCAAUGCUUGUGGACUCUACAUGAAACUCCAUGGGGUGCCUCGACCGCUUGCUAUGAAAAAAGAGGGAAUUCAAACCAGGAAAAGAAAACCUAAGAACAUAAAUAAGUCAAAGGCUUGCUCUGGUAGUAGCAAUAAUUCUGUUCCUAUGACUCCAACUUCCACCUCUUCUAACUCAGAUGAUUGCAGCAAAAAUACUUCCCCUACAACACAACCGACAGCCUCAGGGGCAGGCCGCUCUAAAGCACUGCGAGAGCCUAACCUAGAGGUUACAAAAGCAGAGAAGAGAGCGUUGGCAGUGAGGGAUGGUUGGCUUCCCCUCACACAAGAAAAAGCCGUAACCACAAACUUACUUAGAUGUAGGGAGGACGGAUCAGAGGCCAUGGAAGCCGGCAGGCUGAAUUCGAGCUAAGGAGGCAGUGUGACCAUCAUCAAAGUCUUAAGCUCUGGGAAUGAUCACACACUCACCCUGGGGUUGCUGUGUUUUGUUUCUUCAGCUCAGGGCUCCGUUAAGAGAGAUUACAGCACAGAGGACUGAACAUAUCCCAGUUGACUCCUUUUUGGUUUCCUUCCUCAAAGAUGAAAUUGAUGUUCACAAGCUAGAGAACCUAUGCUGUUCUGGAAUGGCUGUGUCCCUUAAGGGUUUCUUUUCACUUGGAAGAGUUGCCUAUCCAGAGGUGCCUUAGGAGCUGUCUCUGGGCCUGCCUGUGAGGCAGUGGAAAAGAGAGAGAGCUGACAGGGUUGGUGAGCCCACUGUGAGCCAGACACUGCUGGGCACUGACUCCAGGAGUUUAUCAAAUUAGAAAUCCUUCACUUUUCAGGGGGCGCCUGGGUGGCUCAGUCAGUUAAGCGUCUGCCUUUGGCUCAGAUCAUGAUCCCGGGGUCCUGGGAUCGAGCCCCACGUCCGGCUCCCUGCUCAGCGCGGAGCCUGCUUCUCCCUCUCCCUCUUAUCUGCCGCUCUGCCUGCUUGUGUGCUCUCUCUCUCUCUCCGCUUCUCAAAUACAUAAGUAAAAUCUUUAAAAAAAAAAAAAGGAAUCCUUGACUUUUCAGAUAUGUCCAAAAGUUGUUUCCACAGGGAAAAAAAAAUUCAUGUGAUCUAAAGAUGAACUGUGCCUACUUCACAGGCUAGUGGACAUUUUCCAUGUCCCAGCCUCGCAGAAGCCCGGGUUGUCCCUGAAAUCAUUUAUUCCUUUAAGAGGGAGAUUUCCAGCCAGUCACUCAGCUGGGUCUCCCACCUAACCUGGCCUGAGUUCAGUGCUAAGCCCCGGCCGAGUCUGGAGCUGAUAACACAUUCUUUCAACAGGAAGUGCCUCCAUUUUCAGUUGUCUGUGGGAGGGUGGAGGGCAGAUAAGCUGUGAAUGGAAACCCAGAACAGAUUUCUGCCCCACCCUGAUAAUGCACUUUGAUCAGAGAAAGAGUUAGGACCUCCGCCUGCGUGAGCUGCCCACCAAGAGGAGGAAGGAUGGUUCAGCUGUGGGCAUUCUGAAACGCUCCCUUCGGAGCGCCUGUUCAGGAACACUGGUGGGGUUAGGUUGGUUUACGUUAGUGAAAUGCCUGCUUUUGCUGUGUUUAGAUGUCUUCCAUAUGAACUAACGUCCUUUCAAGGGUUUAACUAGAUGUGGGAAAACAUAUUCGUCAAUCGAAAUUUAUGCUUAUAAUUUUCUGUGUGUGUACUGGGUCCAGGGUCGUAAGUUUUCUCUCAUUUUUUUCCCCCCAAGUUGGACUGUACUGAUUCUUGAUAGGGUAGCUCUUGAACAUCAUCAAAGAGGGAAAGGCACUUUAGACAAACAAUGAUGUGACAAGCCAGGUUUCUUAAGGAGAGUUGUGCCAGUUCUAGAUUUCGUACACAGUUAGAAUACCGGUUUCAAGAGCUCAGAUGACACGGAUGCACCCGAUUGUAGCGUGUUUGCUGUUUUAACGUAUGUGGAACCAUGUUUCACAUCAGCCAGCUUCCAGACAGUGGCAGAUAGCAUGGAUGGAGGUGACUUCUGGGGGGCAUGGGUGCCCAUUCUGGUCCUCCCUUCUCUAGCUUAGUACCUCCACUCGGAUUCCUCCCUAUUUUUUCAUGCUACUUUAUGACUCUUUCCAGGCUGGCUUACCCCUCAAGUGCUUGUGCGUGAUAUUUCUGGUGCUAAUGUUUUCUGCCUUCCCCAAAAUUAGACUGCACUACACCAUUCAAUUAAAAUAUUCGAAGGAAGGUACUGAUGACUAAUAGUCCCCACACACUACUUACUGGGUUCCCUUGAAAUACUUUUGCGUGUGUAAAUUGUAAUGAUGACAAUUUGUAUCCUGCUGUUUUUCAGUUAACGUUGCGUUACAGGAUUUUUUCCACUUUGCUACAUGAUCUUACUAUUUUUAAUAAUUGCAUAAUAUUUCAUUGAGCGGAUGUACCUUGCUUUUCCAAACCAUCCCAUAUUAUUAGGCAUUAGAUUAUUUCCAUGGUUUCCCCUAUUAUAAGUUACCCUGAAAUGGAUGUCUUUCCUUGUGGAGCCUUUCCCUUCCUUUGAAUUCUUUCCUUAUAAAUACAUCUCCAGAAGUGAGAUUACAGAACUAAGUAGUGUAUAAAGUUCUUGAUGGGCUUUGCUAAUUGCCUUCUACGGAGUGUACCAGAAUAUAGCCCUGCCGCCCGUGGAUGAGGGGACUGGGGUUAUCACGGUCUCAUCAGAUAUCAUCACUAUGAUCUCAUUAUGUAUCAUUACAUAAACAUUUUUAUUUUUUAUUCCGGUAUGACUGAUACACAAAAAAGCUGUACAUUGCAGUAUUUCAUGUUUAAAUAGUGUAUCCCCAAUUACAAACAAGGUUCUUAACAGCGUUGGCAUAAGCACUUAUUCCAUCUUUUCCUCAGAAAGUCAGAUGUUGCUUUUGAUUUCAAAUGAGCCGAGGUGAGUCACUCAUGUAACUUGGGGUUUGCCUGCCCUUUGGCGCAGGAGUCUUGGUCGGCCGUAUAGCUUAACAACAUUCUUGACUGAACAAAGAAGACAAUAGGUAGUUGAGUUGGUAGCUUUUGGAGUUACUGCUCAAGGCUUAAGAAUAAUGUUCAAGGUACUAGCAUUUCUUCAGUGUAGUUUAUUUGAAGAAGGCCCAUGAACCUUUUGAAGGGCUAAGGAAGCACCUUGGUUUUUUUGUUUAGUUUUGCUUUUUUGUUUUUGUUCUGAAGAGUUGUCAGAAACAAUUAGAAGGUCAUUGCUGAGGUAGACGGUUUUCACUUAGCUCUGAAUUUAGUUCCACUUCUCCCACUAAGUGAUGGGUUGUAACCCAUCUGGUGAAGGGCAGACUUGGGGAGAUCAAAUUAGGUCUAUGCUCCUUAACAAGAAUAAUAAAAUAACUAAUAGUGGUGUAUACUGGUAUCAUCCUUCCUGUUGUCAGAUACUGUUGGAAAUGCUUUAUGUAUGUUAAUGAAUUUUAGGGGUGCCUGGGUGGCUCAGUCGGUUAAGCGUCGGCUCCGGAUUUCGGCUCAGGUCAUGAUCUUGGGGGGGGUCCUGGGAUCAAGCCUUGCUUUGGGCUCUGUGCUCAGCGCAGAGUCAACUUGUCCUUCUCCCUCUGCCCGUCCCCCUGUUUGUUCUCUUUCUCUCUUUCCCUAAAAUAAAUAAAAUCUUUUUUAAAAAUUUGCAUUUUUCUAGGUGAGGAACCUGAGGCAUAGAGAGUUUUCAGUCUGGCCUUCUAGUUUGCCUCUCCCACAUUGUCUCCUUGCCUCCUUUGCUUAUCCUUCUGUUUCAGAAGGCCUCUGGUAUGUCCUACAUGCCUCCCAUGCUGCAAACCCUUUCCUCACCAGUAUCUUUACCGUGGCGAAGCAUCAUGCUGAUCCUUUACGAGCACUGAAUCAUCAAACCCUACCUGAUGGGUGACGUGAAGGCGAGUUUACCCAGGAGGAGGCUUGGAGAGGUGACCUUACUCAGUAGGUGGCUGAACCAGAGUAGUGCUUGGAAGUCUGCUUGCGGCCCAUCCCCCCAGGAAUCCUUUCCGUCUUGAUUCCUUUUUUGAUCUAUUGCUCCACUCCAUAUCUCAGCCACUCAUUUAUCAUUCAUGAUAGACAGUUGAUCAUUGUUACUUCCACGUGUGUAUGUGGCCUAGGAGCUCAGCCAGGGAGUGACUGUCUCUUUGGGGCUCAUGGUCCCAGUGCCUGGCUCUCAUAAGCACUUUGCUAAUGUUUCCUGUUGCUGACUUGAGGUGGUGACCGACCCCUCUGCUAUCUGAGCAUGUCUGGCCAGGUGAGGUGGGCUGCUUCCUGGGCCAAUUCAGGUACCCUUUUUGUUUCAGAAAAUUAACACUUGCUGUGGUGAAGUCAGAUUUAGUUUGAUAAAUGCACAUGCGCUUUUUCUGGGACUAGGUAGAUCAAUAUGAGAUUGGAUGUGACAUACGUCAUUUAUAAUUGCACUCACUCUUUUUUUUUUUUUAUAAAUGUUUUAUUUAUUUAUUCAUGAGAGUCAGAGAGAGAGAGAGAGAGAGAGAGGCAGAGGCAGAGGCAGAGGCAGAGGCAGAGGCAGAGGCAGAGGGAGGCUCCCCACCUAGCAGGGAGCCCGAUGCAGGACUCAAUCCCAGGACCCCGGGAUCAUGACCUGAGCCGAAGGCAGACACUUAACCAUCUGAGCCACCCAGGUGCCCUGCACUCACUCUUUUUAUUAGUAGUAUGGUAGCUCCUUUCUCAAAUGAGUCCUUUUGUAAUUGAAUAUCACCCUUUUGUUUAUUUCUUUGGGGGAUAAAUCUGGGUCUAUGUUGAGUUUGCUCACGGUGGAGUUUCUGGAAUUAAUGGCUAUUGUUAAUUACCAUAUUUAUGGGUAACCAAAUCAUCACUUUGGUGUGUUUGACAGGAUUAUUUCAGCCAUUUCAAAAUCUGUUUUUAAGUUUUAGGCAUCUCAGUGACUUCAUGAAAUUUGCUUUUUUAUGCACCCAGAGCCCUCAGUUUAAGUCUUGUGUUAAUUUAAAAAGAAGUUGGAGUGUGGUGGUACUGUUGUGGCUGGAUUUUUACAUACCCUCAUUUUCACCCGGAAACAGAAGGAUUGGUUACCUGUGAUGAGGGGCUGGAUUGGGAAGUUGGGAUGGGCAGAUAGGAAUUCCCACAGUCAGACCUCCUAGAGCCCUCCUUCCAGCCUCAUGCAAUUAUCUUGAGGAUGAGAGAGAAAAGCAGAUGUUUUGUUCCAGAGAGAGCAGGACCACAUUGAUUCCAGGCCCCUGUGUGGAGCCAAGGGGGGCUCAGCGUGCCUUCGGUUCAGUUCAGCCUGUGUCUGGUGCCCCAUGUUUCUCUGAAGUAGAUGUCACAUCAACUUAGACAGACAAAGGGAUGUUUUUGAAAAGCGCAAAACAUUCUACUCGUGUCAAAAAGCAAAGAGCCAGUAAUUUAUGGGAUGAAACCCUGAAACCCAGGAAGAAAUAAGAGACUCUGAGCUUUUUAGAAGGAAAAAACCCAUGAUUUAAGUAUGGAAUCAUGGCUAGAUUUUUUUUUUUAAACUUUUAAUUAUUUUUAAAAAGGUUUUGUUGUCAGAGAGGGAGACAGAGAGCACAAGCAGGGGGAGCUGCAGGCAGAGGGAGAAGCAGACACCCCGCUGAGCAGGGAGCCUGAUGCGGGGCCCAGUCCCAGGACCCCAAGAUCAUGACCUGAGCCAAAGGCAGACGCUUCACCGGCUGAGCCACCCAGGCACCCCUAGAUCCUGUAACUUCUUAACCAAGCACAACAUACAUAUAAAUCCUGAGGGAAACACGCCUGCGUUUCCUGUACCUGGCAGUCAGCACCGCGUGUUGCUGGAGAGAACGGUGGAAUGUUCUGCAGGUUGGAGUUGUGGCCGAUGCACAUGUACGAGUGGAGUUCUGAUACCAGAGGUGGCGUGUGCCCGAACUCAGAUUGGUAAAAGAUGCUCCAGGAAGACGUGUUAUUUUUGACAUGUUGGAGAUUCUUUAACCUCCGGGGGCACUGUGUGUGGACGGCCACUGUGUCUCUGGGUGUCGUGCACGUCACUGACCCGUCCUCAGAGCCACACCGAGCAGCCUGGGCAUCAUACUGGUCAUGGCUAGAUUUUUUUUUUUUUUUUAAUUUUUUUUAAGUCAAAGGCAACUGUUUCCUCAAACUGUAGUCUAAACAUGAUUUUAGUUAUUUUGGUUUGAUUCUACUAAGUUAUAUCGUGUUUUCUAUUUGGCCUUUCUCAUUUGGAUGGAAGGAAGGAAUGAAAUAAGAGAACAGUGAUCUUCUGCUUCCACAAAUGUUGCCACAACCAUGACAGAUACUGGAUGUUAGCCUUUUCUUUAUAAUGUGGCCUGCUCUCAAAAUGGCCCGUUCUCCUUGCAAAGAAUAAAGAUAAACGCGGUGUAUUGAAACCUGUGUACGCAUGAGUUCAUUUUCCCCGAAGUCGGUGCUCAAAAAUUUCAUUUCUUAGGUCUUGCUGAGCUGUGUAGCUUUCCAUCCUAGACUUCGGCAUAAGUGCUCAGGUUGUGGCUCUGCUGUGUGUGUGUGUGGGGGGGGUGGGCGUGGUGGCGCUCUGUGCUUUCUCUGGAAAUGAUGAGAUUGUGUGGGCAUCCUGAGACCCGUUUACCUGGGUGGUGUGGUUGGUUUCGCUGUCAGAGAGCUGGGAGUUCGGCCGGUCUUACGAACGGCCUCCGGCAGUUGCCCUUUCCUACCUUUGUCCAGCCGAGCAGCUUGCUGGGUGGUUGCUGCCGUGAGCUCUCAAGGGUGAGGCCACUGGCCCCGCUGCCCACCGCCUUUGUCCCCAGGUGUUUUCCUUGCAGGAGAGUGCCGCCUGACAAAUUUAUCGGUAACUGUCUCUCCCCUUCUCUCUUCCCUCUCUGUCCCUCUCUU